CAAUGGGCGAAGAAAAAACUGUUUGUCAAAAUCAGAUGGAGAUUAGUGAACAAUAUUUACAGGAAAUUUUCUAGCCGGUAGUUUUGAUUCACGUCAGUUGAUAUUGAUAUUGCAUUAUUCUACCCAUCUGAUAUAACACAACAUUUUACGUAAUGGCAACAUACCGUCUCGGUAUUGUCGGUCGUUCGUUUGCUCGACUUCCGGUUCAAUCGGUGUUAAUUCCUCAGCCACUGAGACAAACGCUUCGAUGUUUCAAUUCUGCUGGCAAACAGACUUCGAAUGGUACCCUGCGGCUUGCGCUCAAAGGAGUGGCCGUGGGAGCUCUUGUGGGAACCGGUUGGUCUGGGUAUAACUUUUUCAAGGGAGAACCAAACGACCACAAGAUUCACGAAAAGACAGGGCCCAUGUACUUGAAUAAGUUGCCAGAUGUGAAAAUCGCAAGGAAAGUUGUAAACGAGAAAGAUGAUACUGGAUUGGACCUGGUGCUCUUUCAGUUCCAGACCUGUCCGUACUGUUGUAAGGUUCGUUCUUUCUUGGACUAUAGCGGGCUUUCCUAUUCAAUUGUUGAAGUGGACGCAGUGCUUCGACAGGGAAUCAAAUGGUCCAACACAAAGAAAGUACCGAUUAUGCUGGCAAAAACUCGAUCAGGGAAAUACGUUCAGUUGACGGACUCCAGCAUGAUUGUAUCAGUGCUGUCGAGUUUCUUGCAAGAUAGAGAUCAGGACAUUGGCGAUUUGGCGAAGUAUUAUCCUUCGAUUUCCUACGUGAACGAAGUUGGUAAAAAGACGAGUGACAUCAUGAACAAGUAUUUUCUGAUGCUGCAAGACAGGAAGAGACAUACAUCGGAUGAUGCGCAAGACGAGGAACGUAAGUGGCGAUUGUGGGCGGACGACCAUUUGGUACAUCUUAUUUCGCCGAAUGUUUACCGCACAAAGGACGAAGCGUUGGAAACGUUUGAAUGGUUUUCAGAGGCCGGUGAAUGGGAUGUGCACUUUCCCAAAUGGGAGCGAAAUAUGAUGGUGUAUAUUGGCGCGAUUGCCAUGUGGGCUAUCAGCAAGCGGCUGAAGAAACGACAUGCUCUUUCGGAUGAUGUGAGGUCACAUAUCUACGAUGCCUGUGAUAAGUGGAUAGCGGCGAUUGAGAAGAAGAAAACACCCUUCUUGGGAGGAAAAAAGCCCAAUUUAGCUGAUUUGGCGGUUUUCGGCGUAUUGAACAGUAUGGAAGGAUGUCAGGCGUUUAAGGAUUGCCUGGAGAACACCAAAAUUGGUGGUUGGUUCUAUGCAAUGCGAAAAGAGGUGAUGAUAAAUCGUGGACAAAUUCUGUAGUUUUAAUAGUCAUUAACUGUACAGAAGUGUUGAUAAGCAUUCAAUUCUUGUCAAUUGUUUUAUCCGAAUUUCUUCAUGGAAACAGUUCACAUAUUUACAGAAUUAACUGGAGAAACUCAAGAAAUGCUUUGUGAUAUUGCGGAUGAAAUAUACAUUCUUAGUAUGUAGAACGAUGGAGGCGCCUGACUAUAAAUAGAUUUGUUUUUACAGUUUAGAUCAGUGAUCGAUAUCAACGAAAAUUGAUUUUGGGGGUCGACGAGUUCUAGAAAUCAACCCUUAACAACUUAUCAAUAAAGACAGCGCAGUUCGCGCUCAAACGAAA